CAACCCCUCUACCACUCUGGCCCUCAAGAGGGGAGCUGGAACCCUUCUCAAUGCAACUGUCCCCAGCCUCCCAAUGGAGGCUUGGUUGAGAAGGGGGGAAUAGCCCCCCCAUCCCCAUUGGAUUUAUGGAGAUUCCCUGCCCACAUCCGUUUAGAUAUUAACUCAGCCAGGACAGGCCAAGGCAAACAGACCAGAGCUGGGGCGGACAAGGGGACAGACAUCUGUGGCCGGUGGCCUUGCGUCAUCUUCCCACCGCCAUGGACAUGCACUGGCCCCUGGGCUUGAUUCAGCUCCUGUUGGGGAUCCACCUCACCCAGGCUGAGCCAUUGUACAUCCUGGUGACCCCCCGAGUCCUGCGCGUUGGCAGCCCUGAGACCAUCCUCAUACAGGCUCACUCAGACUCCGAGCAGCCCCUCAUCGGAACCCUCAAAGUGAACCUCACUGUGUGGGACUUUCCCAUGAAGAAGACGGCGGUGGCUAAGAACCAGCUCAUUCUCUCAUCGGAAAACCACUUUAUGAACCAGGCAUCUGUGGUGAUACCUGAAAGUCUGGUAUACCCCCCACAACCGGGACAGCAGUACGUCAUCAUCCGGGCAACCUGGACACCAACCUCUGCCUCCUCGUCCAUGGAGAAGAUGGUGCUGGUGGCUCCCCACGCGGGCUACAUCUUCCUCCAGACAGACAAGACCAUCUAUACCCCUGAGCACUUGGUUCAAUACCGGGUGUUCACUGUGAACCACAAGAUGGAUCCUGUGACCAAGACAUUCACUUUGGACAUCAAGAACCCGGAAGGGAUCGCUGUGAUCAGCCAGGAUCUGGUGGCCCAGGGAGGUUUCUUCGCCAACUCCUUUCACCUCCCAGAGCUCAUCAGUCUUGGGACCUGGAGCAUCGAAGCCAGUUACCGUACUGCAGCCAAGCAGAAGUUCAAGACAUCCUUUGACGUGAAGGAGUAUGUGCUCCCAUCUUUUGAGGUCCGGCUGACCCCAAGCAAGCCUUUCUUCUACCUCAGCGAUGAAGCUCUGGGUGUGGACAUCCAGGCUUUGUAUAUAUUCAACAAGCCAGUGGACGGACAUGCCCUGGCCAUCUUUGGAGUGAAGCUGGAUUCCCGUCGGAUACCCAUUCAAAGCUCCCUGCAGAGGGUGGAGGUGUCUAAAGGCCAGGGUCACGUCUCCCUUCAGAAGGACACACUGAUAGCUGCAUUCCAAGGCCCAGAAGAAGACUUCAUUGGGGCCUCAAUCUUUGUCAAUGUCACCGUGUUCUCCUCAGGGGGUGAGAUGGUCCAGGCCGAGACCUCGGGGGUGAAGAUCGUCCGGAGCCCAUACAACAUCAAGUUCACAAGGACACCCCAGUAUUUCAAGCCAGGGAUGCCCUUCCAUUUUAGGGUCUUUGUCUCAAAUCCUGAUGGGUCCCCAGCCUCCGGAGUCCUCGUCCACUGCCAAAACUACAAAGUGCGCACCUCGCCCAGUGGGACGGCCGCUCUGACCAUCAACACAGGGGCAAAUAUGGAGCAGCUCCCUAUCCUGGUGGAAACUGAUGAGGCUCUCCAACCAGAGGAGCAGGCAUCAGCCAAGAUGACGGCUUGGCCUUACUCAACUCAGAAUGGGUCAGGGAACUUCCUACACAUUGAGGUGAAGACGUUAGGCACAGAAGUUGGCAACAACAUCCAUCUGAGCCUCAACACAAGGCAUCAGAACCCUGAAACCAAGGAGCGUAUCACUCACUUCACCAUCCUGGUCCUGAGUAAGGGUCAGAUCCUGUGUGCCAAACAUCAGUUAAAAAGUCAAGGAAGUGUCUACACGUCAACCACUAUUGAUGUGACUUCAGAGAUGCUGCCCUCUUUCCGCAUCCUGGCUUUUUAUUUACUGCCCAGGGGAACAGGCCAGGACCCUGAAUUGGUGGCCGAUUCCAUAUGGAUCGAUGUGAAUGACAAAUGCAUGGGAACGCUGAAGGUUGGCUUAAAGAAUGAACCCUUUGAUUCUAUGGAGCCCAACAGCCGGGUGGAAGUGAUGGUGACAGGUGAUGCAGAGGCCACGGUGGGGCUGGUGGCUGUGGACAAGGCUGUCUAUGUCUUGAACAGCAAACAUAAGCUUACACAGAAGAAGGUCUGGGAUGUGGUGGAGGAGCAUGACAUUGGCUGCACAGCGGGCAGUGGAAAAGACAAUCUUGCUGUGUUCAAGGAUGCUGGAUUGGAUCUGAAGAUGAGCACGGGGAUGGACACCCUGGCAAGCUCAGACUGGCACUGCCCUCAGAGCCCCCCUCCCAGCCGCCGCCGCCGCUCCCUGAAGAGACUGGAGACCAAGAGGAAUGCAGUGAACAAGUUCGAGACAGAGCUGGAGCGAAAGUGCUGUGAGGCUGGACUCCGGGAGAGCCCAGUGGGGCUUUCGUGUGAGGAGAGGACCCAGCAUGUCCGCUAUGGGCCAACUUGUGUCACUGCUUUCCUGAGCUGCUGCCAUCUAUCUGAGGCCCUGACUCGGGAGGCCCGGGAAGAACAGCUGCUUCUGGGGACAACGGAUGAAGACGAGGACUUUGAAGACAUCUUUCUGGAGGACCUGCCUGUCCGGACCUUGUUCCCUGGUUGGCUCUGGAGGAAAUUUACUCUGCCAAAAAGUGAAUCGGGGAGCGUCUCACACUACAACAUUCCUGUGAACCUGCCAGAUUCCAUGACCACAUGGCAGUUUGUGGCCGUCAGUCUCAAGGCUGGACAAGGUCUCUGUGUCUCAGACUCCUUUGAGCUGACCGUUAGGAAACCGUUCUUUGUGGAUCUUAAGCUGCCCUUCUCUGUGAUCAGGAAUGAGCAAGUCCAGAUCCAAGCGGUGCUGUACAAUUUCAGGAACCGCCAUGUCAAGGUCCGUGUGGAGUUCCCCUACAAGGAGGCUCUGUGCAGCGCAUCAAAACCAGGAGCCCCAUCCCGCCAGGUGGUGGUCGUGCCUGCCACCUCAACCAAGAUGGUGCCCUUUGUGCUUCUCCCACUUGUGGUAGGCAAAGUGGAUGUGGAGGUCAAGGUCGUGGGCAACGGCGUGCAGGAUCACGUGAAGAAGACACUCCUGGUCCAGGCAGGAGGGCAAAUAGAAAAAAUGUCCCAUAGCAUCGUCCUGAACCCACAAGGUCAGACCCAGGUGGAGAUGCUGCCAAGACAGUAUAUUUGGAACAAGGUGCCCGAUACAGAGGCAGAAGUGUUUGUCAGCGUCCAAGGUGACAUCCUUGGGGAGACAAUCCUGGGCAGCCUGACACCCAGAGAAACGCAUGAGCUGCUGAGGCUCCCGACCGGCUGCCCUGAGCAGACGCUGAGCAGUCUGACACCCGUGAUCAUCCUGACCCACUAUUUGGACACCACGGGCCAGUGGGGCAAGGUGGGGGUGGAGCACAGGGACCAGGUGAUGCAGAACAUUGUCAGUGGAUACACCCGGAUGCUGACCCACCGGAGCACAGAUGGCACCUACCAUAUCCACAAGGGGAACCCGGGAAGCACCUGGCUCACGAGCUACGUGUUCCGAGUUUUCAGUCUGGCCUACUCGAUUCUGACCGUCAGUGUGAUUGACCUGCACUCUCUCUGUGCCAUUGCCCGGUGGAUCAUCACCGAGCGGCAGGCAGAGGAUGGACACUUCUUGGAGAAGGGGCCUGUGAUCAUGGCGUCCAUGCAGGGUGGCUACAGAAGCUCCGAGGCAGACGUAUCCCUCACAGCUCUUGUUCUGAUCGCCCUGGAUGAGGGGAAGGAGUUAUGCAGCCAGGAGAUACCGGAUUUGAUUGCCAGCAUGGAGAGAGGCCGUGACUCUGAGAGACGCCUCCCCGACAUUCAGACAACCUUUGCCAUAGCCAUAGUCUCCUAUGCUCUGGCCCUCACCGGGAGCCCCCGAGCCAACGACCGCCUUGACAGCUUUGCCAGCCCUAACAAAGACCACUGGCGAACCCGCAGAGACAGGAAGUCCCUGUACACCAUCGAGGCCACGGCCUACGCGCUGAUGCAGAAGCUGAAGCUGGGUCGGCAUAAUGAGACACACGCCAUCGCCAAGUGGCUGCUGGAGAAGCGGGAGCUGGGAGGAGGCUUCAAGUCCACCCAGACCACGGUGGUGGCCAUUGAGGCCCUCAUCCGCUUCCGCGAAGCUGUCCCCUUUGAGAGUGUCCAGGAUCUCCGCGUCCAGAUCAGUGCCCCCAAGAGAGCCUUGAACAUUGAGUGGCUCAUCGAUCAGAACAACGCUUACCAGCGGCGGUCAGCAAAGUUUUCUGCUCGAGAUGACCUAGAGAUCACAGCCAGCGGCAGUGGGAGAGGCACCAUCUCGAUCCUGACCAUGUACCACAGGUCCCUAGAGUCCUGGGAGGACACCUGCAGCCUGUAUCGCCUGAAUGCUACUCUCCACAGUGCCCUGGAAGAAAAUAAAAACGGGGAAGAGACCUUCCAACUCCGGAUGGAAACAAGAUUCCAGGGUGAUCGAGAGGCCACAAUGACCAUCAUGGAGGUUUCCCUGCUCACUGGCUUCUACCCCAACCAAGAUGACCUCAAACAGCUCACAAGCGACGUGGAGAUGUACGCUUUCCAGUACGAGACCAAGACGAGCUCCAGUGACAGCACCGUUGUCCUCUACCUGGAGAAGCUCUCCCACAAGGAAGACACGGUUCUGGGCUUCCGGGUCCACAGGAUGCUGCAGGCGGAGUUCUUGCAGGCCGCCCAGGUCACGGUCUAUGACUACUAUGAGCCUUCCCGGAGGUGCAGCUCCUUCUACAACCUGCCCACAGAGCGAUCCGACCUGCGGAAAAUCUGUCACAAAGACGUCUGCAGAUGCGCCGAGGAACUGUGCCCUACCCCGAGGAAAGCCAGCAACCGGCUGAAGCAGGAGGAGCUCCAGGCGGCGGCCUGUGAGGCAGGUGUGGACUUUGUGUACAAGGCCAAGCUGGACGCUGUGGAGGCCUCUGCCUCCAACCCUUAUGUCUACUACAACAUGCAUCUCCAAGCCAUCAUCAAGAGUGGCACGGACUCCGCCACGCCGCUCACCACGAAGAAAUUCGUCUCCCAUGCCACCUGCCACGACUCCCUGGAGCUGCAAGAACAGGAGACAUACCUCAUCAUGGGCCAGACAUCAGACCUGUGGAGAGUCAAAUCUGAUUACACCUACGUCCUGGGCAAGGAGACGUUCCUCAUGCAUUGGCCAGAGAAUGGGGAUGUGGAAAAGAAAGAAUUGCUGGGCCAGCUGGAAGGAUUUUCGGAAUACAUGAGCACCCAUGGCUGCGAGUCCUGAGACUCUGAGACCUCUGCUGCUCUCAGGGUUAUCUCUAAGCAGGCCCGGGCCACUGGCCUUAACCCCAAAUAAAGAACAUGGAAUGUCA